UAGCGAGUAGCGAGUAGUUAUCGUGUGCUAUUUUGUUCUUCUUUUGAUUUCUUUCGUCCUUUUCUUUUAAUUUAAUGGAGUAAUUCCUCUUUGACACCAAAAAAUAAAAAUAAAAAUAAAAAUGAAAGGGUCAUUCACAUUCACAUAAUCCGACCUAUUUCGCGAAAAGCUCUUGAUCUCCUCCCCAUCUUACCACAGCGCCGCCCAGACCUCCGCCAUCACCGACAGUCGACAGCCCAGGCCGGCCGGCCCAUAGCAGACAGGUCCACUACGGCCCCACCGUCACCGUCACCGUGCCGCGUGCCCACUACGACAAGCUGAAAGGCCACAUCUUUGAGGGUGAGGCCGACUUAAUUGAUGACAUGUUGCACCUUGGUGAAGUGAGAGUCACUUUCUUCAUUUUCAUUUAAGUAGAAGAAUAUUUUUGUUGCUUGUGAGGUUACCAUCAUUACUUAUUUUCUAGAUUGUUAUACGAUGGUAGGUUGUUUGCUGUAGUUUUAAAGUGGGGGUUUUAGUUGUAUACAGAAAAGAACCGCUUUUUAUCUCCUUGCGGAGGUGGUUUUGGUAUGUUGUAUGCAGCACCAUCUUGUUCAUAUUUGCUUUUCUCAGUUUCUGCCUGGUUGCUUGUUGACGUCUAUUGCUUACACGAAGCCUUCCUGAUAGUGGUCAUUGUGAAGUGUGCAUAUAUCCCGUGUUGAGGUUCAUGGAGAAAUGUGAAAUAGGAUUUCCUUCCUGGGUAAGGGUAUUUAACCUAGAAUCCUCAGUCCCAAGCUUACUUUGUGGACUUUGAGUAGAAUAUAGUACUCCAUAUUAUUUUAGGUUGCUUUCUGACUGUAUGGUCGUGGUAAUACUUUCUAAAAUUUGUUUUAGUGGUUUAGUUCCUGUACCUUUACAAUGUCAAGGAUACCUCUCAUAUUGUCAUAUGCGCCUCUUGGUAUGAGUUGUAUGGAGUAUGACACAAUGGAUAACUUUCUACAAACUUUGUUUUGCCUUAUGUUUCUUAUUGUCUUAUGAGCAGAUAAUAUUAUGUUAGAAGGAUUGCCAUCUGUUACGUAUAGGAUUUUGGCCUAUCUUCUCGUUGGUGUCGUGAGAAUAUAUUCCAAGAAGGUAUAGUAUUUAUUCCAGGACUGCCACGAAACUGUCUCGGACGUUAAUAGAUUCUCAGUUGGAAAAAAGGUUGUUCCCUCUAGAGAUAUUGUGCGAUCUUCUCCUCCCAUCACGCUGCCAGAGAGGUAUGAACUUGAUUCUGUCCAACUUGAGGUUGAGAUGGUGCAAGCAAGUGCAGUGAUGAAGACAUUAGUAUUAAAGUUGAUACAGGGAAAAAUCUACUUCCUCAAUCCUCUUUAGACAAGGUCAAGAAGUCAAAAUCAUUGAACCUAGUGGACUUUAUUUUGUUCGUGAAAUUCUUCGCAAAUUUCUCAAUGGAGACCAAAGUUUCUGCUUCGUCUUCCCCUGAAUUAAGCCCCAACCACCGAAUUAAGCUUAACAUCGGCGGCAAAAUCUUUGAAACCACCGUUUCAACCCUGCAAUCCUCCGCCCUCCUUGCUUCUCUCUCCAUAUCCACUCCCACUCAACCACCAAUCUUCAUCGACCGCAACCCAGAUAUCUUCUCUCCCCUUCUCUCCCUCCUCCGCACUCACCGCCUUCACUCCACCGCCCUCCGCCACUUCUCCCUUCACCAACUCGUCAACGAAUCCCAAUUCUACGGCCUCCAUUCUUGCCCCCUCUCCUCUUUCUCUCCUCCUCCCUUCUCCCCCUUCGACGCAUCAUUUGUCACCUCUAUCUCUCCUCCUUCCUCCGCCAUCGUCUCCGACUUCUCUGCCUCUUCCACCACCUCUCUCCUCCUCGCUCAUUCCGGGAAAAUAUCGUACUAUGAUGCUACCACUCUUUCUCAUUCCUCCACCCUCCGUACCCAUCUGGAUGGUAUUUCCGCCAUCGCUGCUAUUACCCCAAAUAUCUCAGCCGUUGGAUCAAACUCUUCCGCUGGCCUCCAUUUCUACACUAGAGCAGAUCACGUGGGUUCUCUGUACUGGGUAGAUAAUUCUGACACUAGGGUCCAGAAAUCCCGAGUCACUUCCAUCUCUGACUCGGUGGGGAACGGAGGCGAGUCGGUAUUUUCCGCUGCGUUUGAGUGUAAACACGGGGAGAACGCCGUCCUUAUUGUUGACAAAUCAACGCUGAAAGUUGUGGUGGAGAUUGGGAGACAGUCGGGUAACUCCGCCAAAUCCUCCGCUAUUAGGAAGCUGAGGUGGGUUCCGCAGUUGGGGUUGCUGGUGGGAAGCGCCGUUAAUUGCGGAGCGUUUGGGUAUUCAGGGUACGUUCGGUUAUGGGACCCUAGGUCUGGGGAGAUGAUAUGGGAGACAAAUGAGCCAGGUGGGAUGGUUCGGAAUAGCAGGUUGGGGGAUACAAUGGGGGAUAUUGAUGUUGAUCCCGAGGGGCUGUAUCUGGCAAAGGUGGGUUCAAAGACUGGAGACUUGGGUGUGGCUGAUUUGAGAAAAUUAGGGUCAGACCCUUGGGUGUAUUUGAAGGAUCCAAACCCGGGAUUGAGUGCAAAUUGGAAGGAUGGGGGGAGUGUGGUGGUGCAUUGUUUCAAAGGAAAUGUGUUUGUUGGGAGAGAUGGGGGUUUGGAAGCUUGGUCGAAGAUGGAAGAACGAGAAGUUGUGGAGGGAGGAGGGGAUGAGAUGAAAUGGAGUUUGUACAGGAGGAAUUAUGUAGAUAAGGUGGAGGAUUCGGAACGGGGGAUAAUAAGAAAGAUUGAAGGAGGUGGGAAUAGACUGUUUGUUAGUAGGGAAAAUGUGGAAGGCAUUGAAGUUUGGGAGACAUCUCGAUUAUCUGGUGUUAAGGCGGUUUAACGCCCAAUGAGGUAUGCCAUUUUGUAGCUACUCAUGGUAAUCAUAUAUAGGCAUGUUCUUCAUUUGUUUUUGUUUCUGUGGUCUGAUAUUCAUUCACAAUUGUUGUCAAUGAUAUGUAUACUGUAUACAUUUGAUGUGAACGAUUGAAAUUAGUAUGAGAUUAUGGAUUUUUAUGUGUUUGACCUAAUUCGUUAGUCCUUGAGUAUUAAAUUAGUAAUUAAUUAGCCUAUGACUCUACUUUGGAAUAUUGUAUUUAAAGGGAAAUGUGUGGUGGUGCAUUGUUUCAAGGGAAAUGUGUUUGUUGGGAGAGAUGGGGGUUUGGAAGCUUGGUCGAAGAUGGAAGAGCGAGAAGUUUUGGAGGGAGGAGGGGAUGAGAUGAAAUGGAGUGUUUACAGGAGGAAUUUUGUAGAUAAGUUGGAGGAUUCAGAAUGGGGGAUAAUAAGAAAGAUUGAAGGAGGUGGGAAUAGACUGUUUAUUAGUAGGGAAAAUGUCGAAGGCGUUGAAGUUUGGGAGACAUCUCGGUUAUCUGGUGUUAAGGCGGUUUAAUCGACUUUGCUACACGCCCGCCCAAUGAGCUGAAGUCAGGGAUGCAGACACCUGGUUCAGGUUCAAUAACAUUUGUAGCAGAUAGGCAUAAGGGGUUGAAGGGAGUCAAUUGCUGAAAUAUUUGAGGUCUCAUUUUAUGGUUACUGUUUAAGGUACUUGACUGAGAAUCUUAUUCGGGACUUAAAAGGGCAGUUUCUCAUGAAGUAAGCCGCCUCUUGGUUGAGGAUUUCUAUGCUGCUGCUUAUGCUUAUGCUUCUAAGCUUGAAGGUUUUCAGAGAUAUGUUGACAACAUAAAGAGUAUUUCCACCGAAGCUUAUGACUGGGUCAAAGUGAACCCGAAUACUGAGAAAAUACUUUCUUUAAGGGUGCAAGAUAUAAUCAUCUCUCAUCAAACUUUGGUGAUAUGUUUUAUAGCUGGGCAUCAGAGGCACAUGAGUUGCCCAUAACCCAGAUGGUUGAUGUUAUUAGAUACUAGAGCUAAUUUGCGCACGGAAAUUGUAGUCAGCACAGUGGCUAACAAGGCUAACUCCAUAAAUGGAAGAAAAACUGGAGAAGGAAAACUUGAAAGUCCCUCCCCUUCAGUUGACGUUGAUCAAUGGGAAUGUAAGUUGUGAAGGGUGGCAGUUGACUGGUCUACCUUGCUGCCAUGCUGUAGCUGUUAUUGGUUGCAUGGGAAGAACUCUAUGAAUAUUGUUCCCAAUAUUUUUCAGUUGAAAGCUAUAGGUUGACAUACUCUGAGACGGUAAAUCCUGUCCCGAGCACUAACGGUCAUUUCAGAAUGAUUCAUUUCAGAAGCUUUUUGGUUCACAGGAGGUUGUCAAACGUCGGCUGCAGUGUAGUAGAUGCAAGGGCAUGGGACACAACAAAUCAACAUGUAAAUAGAUUUUAAUGGAACAGUAAUAAUGGGUGGAUCCAUAAUAUCGGAAUUCAGAAACGAGACUUCACAAAUUCAGGGACUUGAGAAUGGAACAAACGGCAGGGAGACUCGCUCGUCUUCCAAAGAGAGAUGCGGCGGUGGUGAAGAGACAAUUAUCUCACUUGCAAACAUAUUUGGGUGGGAUCAAAUAUAUGACAGGGUUACCGGAUAUUGUAAUCAUCGUUGAUCAACAGGAAGAAUAUACGGCCCUUCGAGAAUGUAUUACUUUGGGAAUUCCAACUAUUUGUUUAAUUGAUACAAAUUGUAACCCGGAUCUCGCAGAUAUUUCGAUUCCGGCAAAUGAUGACGCUAUAGCUUCAAUUCGAUUAAUUCUUACCAAAUUAGUAUUUGCAAUUUGUGAAGGCCGCUCUAGCUAUAUAAGAAAUCCUUGAUUCAUAAUAAAAUCAAAAAUUGACUUCCUAAA